CAGAAAAUUCCAUUUGUUAUUAGGUAUGUACGUAAAUAUUGUAGAACAAGAUUUUUAAUACAUAAUUGAAUCGAACUUCAACUUUCAAAAUGUCUCGAGCUUUGAAAUACACAAAACCUCUCGUUUUUCUGCAUGGUUUUCCUCUUGAUAAGCGGAUGUGGCGCCAGCAGAUCGAAAAAUUAUCGCCCCACGUUCGUGCACUUGCAAUAAACCUGGGACGAUUCGGUACAAAGACACCUCCCGGGGAAACGAAAACUUCGAUCAAGGCCAUGGCUGAUGAGGUAGCUUGUUUUCUGGAUGAAGGAAACAUUACUGAUCCAGUAGCCUUAUGCGGCUUGUCGAUGGGAGGAUAUGUGGCCCUCCGAUUCGCGCAUGAUUACCCUUCUCGUUUGGAUAAAUUGAUUUUAGCCAAUACGCGCUCCUUGCCCGAUAACGAAGCCGCUCGCGCCAAAAGAAAUGAUUUGCGAAAGCGAUUGGCAGAAGGGGAGCGGCAGCAGGUACUAAAAGAAUUGAUGAAGCCGAUGCUUGUUUCCGGCAGUCCUGCCGCGAAAGAAAUGCAACAUAUUGCUGAUGAGCAGUCAACGGAAAUCAUCCGAUCCGCCCUCGAAGCUUUGCGUGAUCGCGAAGACGCUACCCCCUGGCUUUCUGAGAUAAAAGUGCCUACAUUGGUUAUUUCGGGAGCGAAAGAUACGGUUAUUCCAUCGUCGGAGGGUGCGGAGAUGGCGAAAAAGAUCCCUUCUGGUCAGUUUGCGGAAUUGCCUGACGCUGCGCACCUGUCGAAUGUCGACCGCCCUGAGGCGUUCAACAAGCUGAUACUGGAUUUUCUAACUACUCGGGGCGGAUAACUCUUCUGUGAGGAGAUUCAUUUGGAGUUCGUUGUAUUCCACGGGCGCAUAUUCCGCACGAUCUACACAAAAACACAGAGUGCUGUUUCUCGGAACGGAUCUUUACUCAUUAUACGCUCUAAGGCCCCUUCUCGCGCACCUCACGAAUUC